CUGUGCAGUUGACUGACAGGCUUGAAGACCCCAUCCUUCCCAGUGGAGAUAUCACAGCAAGCCAGGGUGGCAUGCAAGGAAUAUCCCAGGAGCAGACCCAGAAGCGAAACCCGAGCACCAGGAAGAAAAGUCUGUUGGAACCAAUAAAUGAGGGCCUGUUGUCUAGAAUUUCGGAUCUCUUGCUGUGCAGAUGGACUUGCAGGAAUUGUUGUCAGAAGUGUUAUGACUGUAGCUGUUGCCAGUCGAGCGAAGAUGAAGUGGAAAUCCUGGGGCCUUUUCCAGCGCAGACACCUCCUUGGCUGGUAAGCAGCCGAAGUGAAGAGAAAGAUGGAGAUUCAGACAACACAACAAGCGAACCUUUCCCAACGCCGCAGGAAAGAAGGAGGUCCUCUUCAGAUACGUCCAAGUCCACUUACAGUCUCGCGAGGCGGAUUUCAAAUCUGGAGCUGAGGCGGCCGAGUUCCCCAUUAAUCGACAUUAAACCGAUUGAGUUUGGGAUUUUAGGAGCCAAAAAGGAGAUUGUUCAACCUUCCAUCUUGAGGAAACCCUACACUUCAGAUGAUUAUUUUAGGAAGUUUGAGCCCAGACUCUAUUCCCUUGACUCCAACAGCGAUGAUGUGGAUUGUCUGACGGAUGAAGAGAUCUUAGCCAAGUACCAGCUGGGCAUGCUGCAUUUUAGUACCCAGUAUGACCUCUUGCACAAUUACCUAAUUGUCAGGGUCAUUGAGGGGAAGGAUCUGCCCCCUCCGAUCUCCUACGAUGGCUCCAGGCAGGACUUGGCUCAUUCGAAUCCUUAUGUGAAGAUCUGCCUCCUCCCGGACCAGAAAAACUCCAAGCAGACGGGAGUUAAACGCAAAACCCAAAAUCCCGUGUUUGAGGAGAGGUAUACCUUCGAAAUCCCCUUUUUGGAAGCCCAGAGGAGGACUCUACUCUUGACCAUAGUGGAUUUUGACAAAUUUUCACGCCACUGUGUCAUUGGGAAAGUCUCAAUGCCCUUGAGCGACGUGGACCUUGUUAAGGGCGGCCACUGGUGGAAGGCGCUGGUUCCCAGUUCUCAGAACGAAGUUGAGUUGGGAGAACUCCUGCUGUCCUUGAACUACCUUCCCAGCGCAGGAAGACUAAACGUAGAUAUUAUUAGGGCCAAGCAGCUGCUUCAGACGGACAUGAGCCAAGGCUCAGAUCCCUUUGUGAAAAUCCAGCUUGUCCAUGGGUUGAAGCUGGCCAAAACAAAAAAGACCUCUUUCAUCAAAGGGACCAUCGACCCCUUCUACAACGAGUCUUUCAGCUUCAAGGUUCCACAAGAAGAACUUGAAAAUGCCAGCUUGGUUUUCACAGUCUAUGGGCACAAUGUGAAAAGCAGCAAUGACUUUAUUGGGAGAAUCGUGAUUGGUCAGUACUCAACUGGCUCCCCAGAAUCCAAACACUGGCGACGAAUGCUCAAUUCUCACCGGACAGCCGUGGAGCAGUGGCACAGUCUCCGGUCGAGAGCCGAGUGCGAUCGCGUCUCGCCAGCAUCUCUGGAAGUGACGUGAGACCGAUGACGGCAAUGCAACUGCAAGCCAGUAUACAACAGAAGUCAUCCACGCACGCACGGUCACACACAUACGUACACGUAAUCUCCAUGGAAUCAAAAAGAACCAUUCCAGCUGGACAGCGCACCAAAAGGGUCCAUGCCUCCGAACUUUCCAUUCAUGCAAAAUCAUGCAUUCUGUUAAUUUAUUUUCUCAGGAUCAUGAUGUUGCCGCGCAGGGUAAGGGGCCACUUUGCACCGGUCGCUGCGUCCACGUCAGAGUUCUUAACGUUGCCACGUAGGGCAAUGGAAACAAUUUGAAAUUGUUGUCAUCGAUAGAUUUUUUUGAGAUUAUUUCGCCUGCUACGUGGUUGUGUAGUGCAGAUCACGGACUCGUUCACAGCCACAACUUUGAGCUCCAUACAAGCUUCUCGGGUCCUUUUACGGCCCCCUGCUGUGCGUGUCCAGAAGUCAUUGUAUUGGGAGAUGUAAGUUCUUGUGUGUUCUUUGGUGGAUGUGUGGUAACUAGGCUAGAACUUUAGGAUGUUAUUUUAGCAGUAGAACGUCUGGUGAAAUCCUGUCUUAAUCAAGUUUCUGACCUCGUAGUAGCUUAACCAAAUCCAGUAGUGUGUGCGCUUGUGUCAGUAGUAGUACAUACAGAAGGAAUGUAACGGAGACAAUAGUCUCUUUCCUGUGAAGUCUCAUGUUUUAUAAAAGAGACUGGGUGUUGCCUCAGUGAAAGACCUCUGGUAUCCUGCUAUUAAAGUUGCUGCCCACAGAUCACAUCCUAGAGUUGACCAAAUAAAAUCAAUGGAAGGA